CACUAAAAAGGCAAGGGGUGAUACGGUGAAAGAAGCUGUAGAUCUCUCGCUGGAAAAAUGAAAAAAACAUAAAGUUUGAUCCAUUCUUAAAAACGUGAAAUAUUUUAAGGCUUCCACCACAAACGCUCCUCUUCUUCUCGUCUCUGACCUGUCAACCCUUUCUAUUAAAUCUCAUCUCAACCCAAUUUCUACUAGACCUGUUAAAACUCAACCCAACCCUCGAUAUUGCCGUUGCCGAGGCCGACGUUAUUUCUGAAAGCAUUUGUUGAUUUGGGAAAGUAAAACAGAAGAUGGCAAAUGUGGGAGAAGUUGAACACCCAUAUGUUCCAAGGGAUUUGAAGUUGCCUGGUUUUGUACCUGCGUUCCUCCCCCCUUCCACUAUUGUUGGGGUUUAUCUGCUUGCUUCCCUACUCGCUGUGUCCAUUGUCUGGAUCGGUUCCGGACGGAUCCACAAGAUAUCAAAGCUUGAUAGAAUACUCAUGUGCUGGUGGAUCUUCACGGGGCUAACCCACAUGGUCCUUGAAGGUUAUUUUGUGUUUACUCCAGACUUUUACAAGAAGACAACCCCAGUUUACCUUGCUGAAGUCUGGAAGGAAUACAGCAAAGGUGAUUCAAGAUAUGCUGCACGUGAUUCUGGAGUUGUUUCUAUUGAAGGAGUUACAGCAGUAUUGGAGGGUCCCUUUUGUCUUCUCACCCUGUUUGCUAUAGCUACAAAAAAGUCGUACAGGUAUGUGAUUCAGCUGGCCAUUUCUUUGGGGCAGCUGUAUGGCACCAUUGUAUACUUCUUGACAUCCUACUUGGAUGGGGAUAAUUUUGCUGCAAGCUGGUUUUACUAUUAUGCAUACUACGUCCUUGCAAAUGCCUUUUGGGUUUUAAUCCCGACAGCAAUAUCGGUCCACUGUUGGAAGAAGAUAUGUGAAGCAAUCAAGGAUCAGGACCUGAAAAAGACCAAAACCAGCUAAGGUUGGAAUGACAAUUUUCAACUCAAAGCAUCUAGAUCUUGAACCAUCUUUAAUCGAUUCCAUUUGAGAUGGACAUUCAAUGACAUCUUCAUGAAGGAUAUUUGCAAAAAAUGACAGAAAAAAUUGAAUGAAGUUGACAGUAUCUGUAAUGCAUUCAGUUUAUGAAAGCCAUUUGAUGGGUUCAGUUAUCACUGGCUUAUUUGUUUCUUCGUUCUCUCGUUUCUUUCUGUAACUUAUGAGUGUCUUGGUUAAUGGGCCUCGUAAAAGUCUUGGCGUUGGUUUGGUCAUUGGUUAAAUAGGCAGAACUUCAUCAUCUGUGAUUUACGCUUGAUUUGGUACGACACUAUUUGUUUUGUGGAAGCCGAAUAUUUUGCACUUAACCAACACUCUAGUCUGAACAA